AUGACCAAUGUAAAUAGCGACAUAGCAGACGACGAGCUCGGCGGCAACAUCCUGGACCUGGACGUGUUUGACCAGCUGCUGGCAAUGGACGGCGAGGACGACGAGUUCAGCCAGCAGCUGGUGUACAACUACUUCGAGCAAGCCGAGACGACAUUCACAAGCAUGGACAAGGCGAUAAAGGCACGAGACUUGGUGCGGCUCUCAGAGCUGGGCCACUUUUUGAAGGGCAGCUCGGCGUCGAUAGGCGUAAAGCGCGUGCGCGACUGCUGUGAGCACAUUCAGCAGCUGGGCAGGCUGCGCGGCAGCGACGGCCAAGGCCAGGUGGAUGAGGAUACGGCGCUAAGGGAAAUCGGCGCUGAGCUGGUGGAGGGCCGGAGCGAGUAUCGCAAGGCCAGGGAGUUUCUGCGCUUCUUCUAUGAGCAGGAGAACGAGUGA